AUGUUUAUCAUUAAGGUGGCAUCUUUGGACACGCUGCUAAAUAUAGCAUUGGAACAAGCGAAGCAGCUGACGAAAGCUGAACAUUGCUGGGUGAUGCUGGUCGAUGUCGAUAAAAUGGAACUGGUGGAUUCAAAAUGGAAGGACGAGAAAAAUAACGUUCUAAGGUUUCCCUUAAACAAAGGCAUCGCUGGCCAAGUGUUAACAACAGGACGAUUGGUUAACGCGAAGUCGGCUAAAGAUCACCCCGCUUUUGAUCCAGAUAUUGAUUCGCGGCCUGGUCUAACCUGCAACACAAUUCUCUGCUUUCCUAUACGAGAAAAAACAGGAAUAAUAGGGAUCGGUCAGCUGAUGAAUAAAGUUAACGACCCAUACUUUGAUGGGAUGGAUGAGGAGAUGGCGCUCGCGUUCAGCAUAUACUGUGGGAUCUGUAUGAUACACUCCAUGGUUUACCAGAAGAUUCAAGAGGCACACAUUCGGAACACGCUGGCUAACGAAUUAGUCAUGUAUCAUAUGAAGGUAGGAGAUGCAGAAGUGAUUCGAUUACUGGAAUGUAAGGGAUUCCAUAAUUAUCCACACUUUGCCAGCCUGCACUUUAAUCCACGUGCGUUACCUUUACGAGAACUUCCUUGCUACGUGCUUCGAAUGUUUCAUAAUCUCGGAUUUCACAAAAAAUUUGACAUUAAGCCUCAGAAGCUGGCAUGUUUUAUUCUAUACGUGAAGAAGGGGUACAGGGAUGUCCCAUACCAUAGCUGGUUGCACGCGUUCAAUGUUGCACAAUGGGCUUACGCAGCCAUGAUGAACUUCAGGCUCAUCACCGACGGUUAUAUGAAGUGA